AUGGCAUAUACAGCUCAAGUUUGUAAUCGUCAAGCCACUCCUCGAGGUCUCAGCACAGACGACUCUACUUAUCACGCUGAUCCAGACAGCUGCGAGUGUUCUGUGCCUUACUACAAUCUAGCCGAAGCUUGUGUAUUUUGUGGCACAGGCAAUCACAACCGCGAAACCAGUGUGGAUGAUUUCUUCUACAAGUGCAGGAAUAAUGGUUUAGAUAUCUCGGAUCAAUUCCCCUCCAAGGUCACCGAUAAUGUUGCUGUACCGCCAUGGGCCACCAUACCAGUACCAGCGAGCGGCAAUUGGUCAUAUGAAAAUGCAGAGUCGUAUGCAUCCGACCACCCUACCCCCACUGAGACGAACAACCAGGGUAAACCAUCCGAUAAAAACGGUAAAAGCAAUGAAGAGAAUUCAUCAGAAGAUGGCGACCAUAAUUACUCAGUUGGUGCAGUCGUGGGGGGUACACUCGGUAGUGUUGCAGCAGUAGCCAUUGUCAUCGCAGUCGCUGUUCUCUUUUGGUGUAGACGCUCCUCAACAGCUGCGCGCAGAAGACGUUUAAUGAUGCGCGCUCAAGGCGUACCCAAAGUUAAAGGUACAGAUAGUGUAUUCGAGAUUGACGACGAUGAGUCGACGCAGAACAGGACAAACGAUCUCGAUAAAACAUACAUCCCAGUGCCGUAUACAGGCUCAAUCACGGGAGCAGGACUUAAUGCGGCGAGUAGUGGAAGGGUUGGGCAGCAUAGUCAAAGAGGAUCCCAGCCACUGAAUAACUUGACUCACCUUGAUGAGGAUAGCAUUUACAGCAAAACAGACUUGACUACACCAGUUCCUGCAGUGAGGAGAGGUGUGGAUGCAGGAUACAGCUAUAAGCAGCAGAAUAGGCAGACGGACGCGGGCGUCAGUUUGCGCACAAAUUCGCGUACAGAUUCAAUAUUCAGUGAGAACGAGUAUUACAAAGGAAUCAUAUAG